AUGAGCGAGGGCCAGCAAGACCCAAUCGAGUCUCUCACCCCAGAAGAGGCCAACCGCAUCAUUCACUCGCACAGGAAGGUGCGUUACGGGACGGCAUGUUGGCCAUGCAGACAGAGGAAGGUGAAGUGCGAUAACAAACAGCCAUGUGAAAAUUGUGUAAAAAGAGAUCAUGCAAAUCUGUGCUCAUACAACCCAAAGCAAAAUGGCUCCAAACCGUCGGGGAGCUCCAUUGGUGGCACGAAAAGAGCGCGUUCCCCGGAGAGUGAGAGCUCUCUGAGAAAGGAGGAGGAUCGGUGGCCUCGAACUACAGACGAUGUUGACCCCAAUGAGUCAAGGUAUCUGGGACAGAACAGUAUUGCAGCCUUUCUCAGUGAAGAGACUACUGCCGCCCAGCCUUCUGCAGAUGGCGAACAGGACGUUAUACGCAAAGAUAUUAUGCCCAUAUUAGGGCUGCAAGUAUCUUCAGCAUCGUACCCCUUCAUGUCAAAAGACCACAUGGACAAGAUUCGGCAUGACAUUGCGUCAGCACUGCCUUCGGACAGGGAUGUCCUGAAGGCUUUUCAAAUCUACAAGCAGAUUGUCCAGCCAUUCUGGGGCCUUCUCAUCGAUGUCGAGGAUUUCGAAAGGAAGCUGUGCAUCUACCUCGAGGAUCGUGUAGCAACAACGAAGCACCCAGCUAAUGGCAACAAAGGCGUGUCUUCAGCUUGGCUUGGCAUGCUCUUCGCCGUAUUAGCUGUUGCGAAUAAUUAUACUGAAUAUUCCUACCAGAAAAGAACAGCGACCUCCCAGACAUUCAUGCAAACAUCAUUUCAUUGUUUACGACUUGCAAACUUCAUGAUCCGCCCAUCAUUAGAAUCACUUCAAGCUCUUCUGAUUCUCGGAUUCGUCUUGGCGAAUGAUAUGAAAGCGGAAGCCUCGUGGGCGCUGCUAGGGCUUACCUGCAGGCUCGCGCAGGCCUUGGGUUUACAUCUAGGGUCACAUGAAAAUCCACGUGUACCAACAACAACUGCAAGCGACUUGCCCAGAAGAAAGCUUUGGUGGACUAUCGUGUGGCAGGAUAGUUUACUAUCUCUCUCCUUUGAUCGCGCUCCGAUUGCUGUUAUGACAAGAUGCGAACUACCGCUGGGUCCGACUGCCCUCAACGAAGGCUUCUCAUAUACGGAAGCCAUGUAUCAUCUCUGUCGAAAGGUCUUGGAAGGAGUGAACAACGACUCAAAUUCCCAGCCAGAUUACGACUCGAUCAUAACACACUCUAUUGAUGUUGAGCAUAUCAGGGAACAGGUCAGGCCAGAGCUACGCCUCAAAGAUGCCUGCAAGACUAUGCAGGAUAGACUGCAGCAUUAUGCAAUCCGACUCCAUACAUCUUUCGUCGUAUCGGUAUUAUGUCGUCCAGCACUUCGACGCGGAGAAUGCGUAGGCAUAGAUGCCAGCCAAAAGCGCAUCCUCGCGGAUAAGUGCAAGCAAAACCUCACAGAGACUGUUCGAAUGUACCUUAAAAUGCACUCGUUAAGCGUAAUCCCUACGCGGUCUUGGGCCUUUACGUAUCACGGCCUGUCCUCCGCCGUUCUUCUUGGCAUUCUUGGAGAAACGAAGACGAAUCCCGAAGUCAGGGAGCUGCAAGGGGAUUUGAUCUCAGCAUUAUCAGCAACGGCAGCGAGAGAGAACACCUCGACAGGUCCCCCAGGAUCUGGCAAAGACAUUGAAUUGAGUGGACCAUUGUCGAGGGCUCUGGUUGCUUUGAGAAAUAUAUACGAUCAUGGAUGGGUGGUCGAAAGGAAAGCCGCGAGUGCUCCAGAAGCACAGAUGAUGCAAGUGCAGGAUCAAACUCAAUAUGAGCAACAGAAUGCAGCGAUUGCGAUGGCUUCCAUGCAGAAUGGGAUGAUGCCUCCAUUAGAAUAUCCUCCGCAGUCAAUGAUGUCGAUGAACGACGCGCCGGUAACGGAUCAAACCUUGGAUAUGUCGCCAAUGGAUCUAUUUGACUCGAUUUUCUGGGAUCAGUAUCCGAUGAACAAUUUGGAUCAGUUGGGAUUCGACUAUUCACAGCAGCUCUAUACGGGAUUCUAG